AUGGCCAUCAAGAACUUCCUCAAGCUUGUCCUCACAGUACUUGCCAGCAGCACGGCAGUCGCGCUCCCCCAGGUAGUCGUGGACAACACUUCGGAGGGGGACAAGAAAAACCUCAUCGGCGUCAUACUCACAAACAAAGCCGGAGUGGGUGACACUUCCAAAUUGGCCUACUACGACCCAACCCAGCCAGUCCCCGAGCACACGUGUCCGCGCGACUUUCUUGCGACCCUAGCGAACUGGGCAGAAUUCUGCGGUUGGGACGGGGAGACAAAACGUUGCCGUGGUGCAGCUGCCGUACGGAGUCCCACUCUCGUGGAGUGCUGCGGCUAUUUGAUUGGGAUGGAAGCUAAGGAAUGGUACGAGAAUAACCCGAUCAGCGACGUCUCAAAGGAUGGGGCAGUGUUGAUCGGGGGCCACCCCGAGGCCUUUCGUAGAGAGGAUUCACUUUGCGCGGAUUGGAAACCCGAGAACGACAUGCAGUACGCCUACUACAUGUCGAAUCUGGACAAGUAUGGUCUACGCGAUAUCCCGCCACACAGAUGGCUUUGA